AUGGCACCAGCACUCAAACUCGCACUGGCAAUGUUACCCGCCCUCUCUAUGGCGGCCCCAGCUCCAGCGCUCUCGGGUCGCGAAGGUGGUGGUGCGGACAUUGUGGGAGGAACCUUAGCCACGUCGGGCGAAUUUCCCUAUAUCGUCAGUCUCUCACAAAGCGGCUCGCACUUCUGCGGUGGCGUCUUGGUGAACUCCAAGACGGUCAUCACGGCCGGUCAUUGCUCAGUGGACACCUCAGCAUCAAGUGUCAAAGUGCGCGCUGGAACGCUCACAUGGGCUUCUGGCGGUACUCAAGUCAGCGUAUCAUCUAUCAUUGUCAACCCAGACUAUACAACAAACAGCGACGGAGUACCAGAUAACGAUGUAUCGGUAUGGCAUCUAAGCACCGCCAUUCCGACAAGCAGCACCAUCGGCUACGCGACUCUACCCGCUCAAGGUGAAGAUCCAGCAACCGGGUCCACGCUGACAGUCGCAGGCUGGGGAACCACAAGCGAGAGUGCCAGCUCACUCCCAGCAGCGCUACGGAAAGUUGACGUGCCCGUUAUCUCCCGCGCCUCUUGCCAGUCCGAAUACGGCACUGCGGACGUCACGACCAACAUGUUCUGCGCUGGUCUGGCGGCGGGUGGGAAGGAUUCGUGCUCGGGGGAUUCCGGUGGACCUAUUAUUGACUCGACGGGUGUUUUGGUGGGGCUUGUGAGUUGGGGCCAGGGGUGUGCGGAGGCGGGAUAUGCUGGGGUUUAUAAUAGAUUGGGGAACUAUGUUGAUUUCGUUAACGAUAAUUUGGCUUAG